UUGUUUGUUUACAUUUAAUUUUUUGACCGGCUCCUGGAAAAAUCUGAGUUUUUUAGAUUGGAAGGCACUAAAAUUUCUCGAAAUUACACUCAAAUUUCAGUUCAAGUAAUGCUACCAUUUAUAGUUUAUUCCUUCCCCAAACUUUGAAGAAUACCCUCAGUGAUUACCUAGUAUCAUUUGUUGUUGCAUUACACCAAAGACAACUUGUAACAUCACACAAUAUCUUUCUGGCUAGGUACUCUAUUUCUGACCAGGCUUCAGCACCACUUAUAGAAGAUUCUCAUAUUACCACAAGUAAAAACACUCCUUUACUUUAUCUUAACUAUGGGAGAAGGAGAGGAUACCAAAGAUGAGUCGAUCAAAAAUAAUGAUCCUGUCAUUCCUGUUGCUCGGAAGGGAGUUUUACUAUCCUUCCUCACGAAAAAACCAAUGGAGAUUCCAGAGCAAGAUAUCCUUGGUAGAUGCAGAUUUGUAUCCGAGUUCGAAAAAUUGAAUAAAAUUGGCGAAGGGACCUACGGGAUUGUUUACCGUGCACGAGACACCAAAAUGGACAAAAUUGUAGCCCUAAAGAAAGUUCGAAUGGAUCACGAGCAUGAUGGAUUACCAGUUGGCGACUUGCGUGAAAUUUCAAUUCUCUUAAGUUGUAGGCAUGAAAACAUUGUCCAGCUAAAGGAAGUUGUUGUGGGGCGAAGUUUAGACAGUAUAUUUCUAGCAAUGGAAUAUUGUGAACAAGACUUAGCGAGUCUGCUGGACAACAUGCAAGCUCCCUUUACAGAAUCCCAAGUCAAGUGCAUCAUGAUCCAACUUCUAAGAGGCCUCAGUUACCUACACAAUAAUUUCGUUGUACACAGAGAUCUUAAAGUGUCAAAUCUAUUAAUGACGGACAAAGGCUGUGUCAAAAUCGCUGAUUUUGGAUUAGCAAGGUGGUUCGGGAUACCUGCACGGCCUAUGACCCCAAGAGUGGUGACUAUUUGGUAUCGCGCCCCUGAAUUAUUACUCGGAUCAAAGACUCAGACAACUGCUAUCGACAUGUGGGCGGCUGGUUGUAUAUUUGGUGAACUUCUUGGUCAUAAACCAUUGCUUCCUGGCCGAUCUGAAAUUGCUCAAAUUGAGCUGAUUAUUGACUUGCUUGGCACACCAUCUGAUGCUAUCUGGCCUGAGUACUCUUCUUUACCAGCACUUCAGAAUUUCACGCUUAAACAUCAACCUUACAACAACCUGAAACAGAGAUUCCCUUGGCUCUCUGCUGCAGGACUCCGUCUGUUAAACUUCUUAUUCAUGUAUGAUCCAAAACAGCGCGCCACAGCCGAGGAAUGUCUUCAGAGCUCAUAUUUCAGGGAAACUCCACUACCCUGUGAACCGAAGAUGAUGCCAACUUUCCCCCAGCAUAGAAAUCUGAAAGCUGUGCCCGCUAAAAGUGCCCCACCUCCACCACCACCUGUCAUCACAGAUUCAUCGAAUGACCAGACAAAUAAUCUUCCGCCAAUUGCAGAUCUGCUUGGAGGUCUGGUGAAGAAGAGACGCCUGGAUUGAAGAAGCUAGCAGCUUACCUUAUUUCACUCAAAUUCUGUUUCUACCUUUUGUAGGACACUAGUCUGCCUCACAGAUUCAAAUCCCAUCAUUGACUUAUCAUCCAGAAUUCUGUAAAGGCUGGUUUCAUCGCCUCUGGUCAAACUGCUGAUUACAUUUGAUAGGAGGGUAAGUGAAAAUAGUGUUAUCACUUCUUGUUACCCUAACUUUCUACUCAGAUUUCACCCGUCAGAAGGGAAAAUCAGAAAAUAUUCGAGCAAGUUGGUAACACUGUCUUGCCUUCAUUUACAUCCAUGGAAAAUAUCGAUUUAAGUGAGGCAAGCUGCCUCACCAAGAAUCAACUGUUUUAUGUACAUUAAAAUGGAGAAAAAACAUUAUUGCCAACUUUCAAAAAUUGCCAACGCUGACAAACACUAUAAGCACCUGGCAAAUGCUUUAUCGAAAGUUAAAUUUAAACCCUGGUCUCUGACUAGUAAAAGUCGCAAUUCAGUGCAACUGUUCCUCAAUCAAUUCCUUAUUUUCUUAUUUCUAUAUUUCUCUAAAGAAUUGUUUGUGGCCUCUUGCUAUAGAGCAAGUUUACUACUGGUUUCUACAUGGAGAAUAAAAGGUAUAACGCUAUAACGCCUAUAGUUGGCGGCAUUUUGUCACCAUGUUUUUCAAAACAAUAGUACAAAUAAAUUUGGCAAUAAAGUUAACCUAAGGAUAUACGUGACUGACUAAUGGCGACAGAAUGGGCUCUUUUUUUUAUCAAGAGGAUAAACACAUGACCACUGAUUACUUAUCAAGCAGAAUGGACCAAAGGCGACAGAACUGGCUGUGACUAAAGUUGUCCAUGUUCAACACCACAUGACACAUGAAUGGAGUUGCAGUUUUGUUUUCUUUUGCUUAUCUUUAAAGUGAGGAAAGUCAUCCUAAAUUUUAAUUUUCACAACUGCACAUUGUUUUGUCUACUAUGUAAUUAAAAUUUUGUGAAUAAACGUCUAAGUAACUUUAAAUAAAAUUUUGUGAAUGAAUGUCUAA